GUUUAGAAAGCUUUGUGCGUUUUGUGUCGCUUUGCUCACGUUCUUUCUUUGUGGAAAGAAUCGAAUUUGAUCUAAUUUAGUCAAAAUUGUGCAACAAUUCGUUUAGUAGUGUGAAUUAUUGCUUUUUAAAUUCAAUCAGUGAAAUUGAUAUUUUUGUGCAAUGCCAAGAGGAAAAUACGUGAACCAUAAGGGACGCAACCGUCACUUUACUAGCCCUGAAGAACUGGAGGCUGAGCGAAAAAAUGAGGAACUAAAGAAAAAAUGGAGAGAAACGCAUCAGGAAUGUUCCGACGAUGAUGAGGAAGAAGCAGGGAGCGAGAAAGGAAGUGAAGAUUCCGAAGAAGAAUCUGAUGAGGAUGAUAAUAAAGGGGCUAGUGCAUUGAUUGAAAUCGAAAACCCAAACCGCGUUCAGAAAAAGGCGUUCGUGAAAGCUGUCGAUGUAGACGAAGAAGAUAAACCCCAGCUGACACGCAGGGAGCGUGAGCAGCUGGAUAAGCAGAAGGCACAUGCGGCCUACAUGAAACGACACGCGGAGGGUAAAACGUCUCAAGCUAAAGCAGAUCUUGCGCGGUUAGCCAUCAUAAAACAACACCGAGCGGAAGCUGCCGCUCGCCGUGACGCUGAAAAAAAAGCAAAAGAAGCACCGAAGGGCGGUUCGUAGGAUUCUUGUUUAGCCUAAACAUACAUGUUAUGUGAUUCGGUGGUACAAAGAAUAUCUUUAUGCACGUCAUCUCGACAUUUUUUUAAAAUAAAGUUUAAUGUACCAUCUACACUAUUCGUUAGUAUUCCACGCGAAACAUUAAAAAACGUUUAAUACAAUGGAUUAAAAGUUCGCUAAAAGGGAAGUUAAGAUAUCAAUCGAACAAAAUCACAAUCCUGUUUUGGUGCAGUGGUAAUUUCUGAAUGUCCUCGAUUGGCUGACUUAUUCUAGUUGCAGUUGGAAACUGGAAAAUCCAACCAGCGACAAUCGUAUUUUCUUUGGCUCUAAACAAUGGAAUCACGUCGGAAGUAGUACGCUAUAUUUGUACAAUUAUGCGCUAUGAAGCGCACUACUUCCGACAUCAUGGAUUAGCACUAAACAAGAGAAAAAACGAUUGUCGUUGGUUGGGUUUUCCAGGUUUCAACUGUAACGAUAAUAUUUCGACUUUAAUCUGCGUAACUUCUAUAUAAACUGGUUUAAUAGAGACGUUCACAAAAAACUUAAACGGUGUGGAUAAUUACAACAGAGUGGAUACGAUAAGGAUGAUUUUAAUUUCAGUUUUGUGAGGUUACAUAGGAUGAUAUUCCGUGUAAGUGGUAUAUCGUUUAGACAAGAUAUAACAAUUUUGUAAAGGAUAAGUGAUUGACCGUAAUACUACUGUUUUCUCAAAAAAAAAUAUUUUUCGGAUUUGUCUUUCCCAAGCGAUUUGUCGAAUACAAUUAGACGCAAGUCACAGUUGGCAUUAGUUAAAAAAUUAUAACGUAACUAAUUAAAGCCGACACAAAUACACGUAAAGGAAUAUGGGCAUGCCAUGUAAUGGUAAAUAAAGGUCGUUACUAAUA